GUCAUUUAUAACAGGAUAGAAAAAAAAUGGGAAGAUGCGCCUGGAGGGGCAACGUCAUAUUUUCAGUGGGAGCGACAGUGUGGGGAGACUGUGACCGAGCCGGAGAGCGGAAUAUGCUGCACAGUCCAGCUCUGUACGUCGGGCUAAAGCGUCGGAUCUUUACCGGAUAAACGUCCUAUAGCUGGAUGAUGUGAUUUCUUUUCCAGCCACACAGAGGAUUUUAUGAUCGCACCACGUUUCAGCGGGAAUCUGGAUGAUCCUCAAAUCACGCCACCCCGGACCCCCACACCGGUUCCAUGGGAUCAGCACCAAAUGGACUGACCUAAAACAAAUAAAGGGAGGCAUCAGUCAAAGUUUAAAAGUCUCAUUUUAAAAAAAUCUGGAUUUUAAGGUUAUUGUACCACGAUUUGAUAGGCCUAUUAAAUUAUUACUUGAGAGUGUUACAUUUUCUGUCUGUAUUUUAAUAUUAGUGGAGGGAGGUGUAGGCCUAUUCCAGCCCACUCCAGUGGCUGACUAAUUGAAAUAAAAUAACAAACUAUUAUUAGACUUUAGGGAACUGACUUAUGCUAUAGUUUAGACGGUCAUAUAGUCUCAAAUGCAACAAGAUAAGGUUAUUAUUUAAAAACUGAGGAUGCAACCCGUGGUGUCUUUUCAAGGAAGGGAGUCUGGAGAAUGAAAACGGGAUUUCUGCGUUUUUAAUCGGACACAGAGGCGAAGGAAGGAGACGGCCGGACAAGCCACCUGCUUUUUUCUUUUUUUUGGAUUGGUCCAAAACAUAUUUUUGCGUGCCCCUUGGACUCCUGCACAAUGGGGAUUAUGCUUCAAGUUAUUCUAGGAAUGUUUCAAUUCCUGCUGCUCACCAGAAUACCGACGUCCCAUGCCAAGCUCGCUCACUGGCGGCCGGCAGACUCCCCAAAAUCCAGGGAAGGUCGAGAAGUGCGGCGGUGGUUGGAGGUUUAUUCGCGGAGCGGCUGUGAGCCUCGGGACACUCUUGUGGAGGUUUGGCGGGAGUUGCCUGGGGAGACGCACCAUCUCUUUGUCCCUUCCUGUGUGUCGGUGAGGCGAUGCGGUGGCUGCUGUGCUGACGAGGCUCUGGAGUGUGUUCCCUCCCUCACACACACACUCACCAUGGAGUUGAUGAGAACCUCCUUCAUGAAACAUGAGCUCAUUGAGCUACCGUUUGUCGAACACAGUCAGUGUGAGUGCAGAUUAAAAGAACAAUUCCAGCCAACACCUACAACAAGGCCCGAUCUGAAGCCAACAAGAACAGACAAGAAAAAGGAGAGAGGAAAGUCCAGACAGAAGACAAGUGGAGUUAUCAGAGCUGCGACCAAUGCCCCGCCAAAUCUUCCUCCCCCAUCCUCUCCUCCUUCUUCACCCCCGCCCAUCAGCUUCUCUCCCUCUCCGUCGCCAUCUCCGAGGCCUCGUUGUCGCCCCUGCAGAGGGAGGAAGUGGGUGCUGGAUGUGACGUCUUGUCAGUGCCGCUGCGCCAUCACAGCUGAGAGCUGCAGCCGGAAAGACAGGAAGCUCAACCCUCACCGCUGCAGGUGUGAUGCCAUGAGGACUUGAUGUGUCUACUCAAAUUUCAUUUCACCUCCUUCUUUCCACCAACCCCUGUUGAUUCAUCACCCACUCUCAGCAUCAGUGCCACGGAGCAUACAGACGCUUGGACAUCCAAUAACCUCGGACUGAAGGAAAUAUUUGCGAAAGCACACACAAGAACCUGUACUAGCGCUCUGAGUAAUAUAGAUCUACUAGUGUGCGUAUGUGCAGCCAAACAUCUUCCCACCUCCUCUGCUUCUGUGGCAAAGCUUCUCUCAGUCCACAUGCAUGUAGAGACAUGCAGUCACAAACCACAUCCCAUGAGUGGAGGGAUGAAGUGGCAGCUUAAUGGCGUGGAUUUCAAACAAAUUCUUUCUUGGUGGACACAAUCACACAAGCUCCUGCUCUGCUGUGGUUUGGAGGUUCUUUAGGUCUGCAGUUGAACUUUAAGAGAGCAGUGGAAACACAAACAAUGGAUAUAAAGUGGAUGGCACACAUGUCGACGUGUUUGCCGGAAAACCUCGCAUGGAGACGGAUUCCUGGGUGAAGUCAAGCCAAUUUUUGAAAAGAAAGGCGACAGAUUUUAGAUGGACACGUCCACACUCAGACAUACCAGAAGGACACAGGACAUGCACAUGAACUGGCACCCCAGUGUGCGUGGACCUAUAGUUGAGCUGAAUGCUGGGCUGGAGAGUAUCUGUGUGGUCUCCCCACUGAAAGACCCAGAUGGGAUAUCCCUGCAGCCGUUCUCUCUCAUUCAAAGUGUAUGACCACGGGCUGGCUCUCCAAGCCGCUUUCCGGCAUUUGUUUAAUUUGGGCCUUUUGUCUCCAUCUUCCCUCGGCUCCCCGAUUGAAAGCAGCCGCUUUGCCUCUCUUUUAGGCAGUGAGGAGAAUGACAAUAAUGAGGCCUGGCGGCUGUCCACUGCUUCACACACACAGACAUUCACACUUAUAAUACCAGGAACACAGACGACACUGCAAAUGCAGACACACACAAUCUCACUCACUCUGUGCUAUAGCAGGCACACACACAUUCAUAUUUACACACACAUGCAAUGUGAAAUAAAUGCAGGUAGCCAUAAGCAUUUGUGUGCAAAUAUUUGUUUUCAUUUGCAAUUUACUGCAAAGUCUUCAUUUAAUAGUUUAUUAUUUGCCUCUGUUUUAUAUUUUAUUAUAAUUCUGUCAAGUUGAUUGAAAAGAUAUUCUAUAUUGCAGAAUGUGCGUCUUUGUUUUGUUUGUUCAUCUUUAAUCCGUCUGCAUAAAGAGUCACACUGGGUGGCCGGCUAUCUAUACACUCAGCAUCUAAACCGAUACCCAAAUGUAUUGAAUUUAAACAGACACGGCUCAAACGGGCCACAAAUGGGAGACUAUAUAAAUUAUAAUGUGUAAUUUAAACAAUCGGCUGGGCAGUGUUGUCCACAGCAGCACACAGAAACCAAGCAAAUAGCCGUUCCCAGUGCAGUGAAAGCAAAACACGGCUGUUUUUGUUGCAUGUUUGAGCCAGGAUGGAAAGAGUAUUAUUCAUUUGGAACAUAACUUGUUUGUAUUCCGACCGAAUCUCACGGUUUAACUCCAUGUUAGUUCAUGACUGCUUGGCCGCUGGGUGGGAACGGAUUUGAACUGUGACUGCUUCAGAAAAGACGAGGUCUUGAGCAGCUUGUCAGUCAGUGUGACAUUCAUUCAGACCCUUUGCUAAAUUGUCCAGAGAAUAUUUUACCAGUGACAUCUUAUCUCCAUGACAAACAGUAGCUUUGAAACUCUAUAAUUCAUGCCCCUACUUUCCCCCAGGAUUCAUACAAUCCUUCUGUUGAAAUAGUCCAGAGUCUGAAUUAUUUGUGACAGCCUUCAGCUAAAGAACUUUGUGUCAGUGGCAGAUGUGAUAAGCUCUGUAUUUAUACUCUCCUGAAAUGAGAUUAUUUUUUUCCAUGCUCGAGUCCAUUGUUCAAAGUUUGUUAUUAUUGUCAAUCAAUGCUUCGAUCACUACCUCUAUAUCACAAUAUAUUAAUGACCAAGUAUUAGAGCAUUGUUGUUACUUUCUUUGUGUUAUUUCUGACCUCUUUUAAUAUAUUUGUAUUUACAUUUAGCAAUAAACAUAGUCUCCAAUGUAGAGAUGUGGAGCUGCAGCAGAUCUAUAGUGAAUAUCACUGGCUUAGAGGAAUUUAUAGGAGUUUUCUGUGUGCGUCUUAAUAAUCUGAAGGGAAGUAUUUUUCAUAUUAAGGAGAACUGAACUGGUCCUCUGAGUACAGACCAGACACUGUGUGAUAAUGUGGAACAGGAGAAGGUUUCCCAAAGAGGUUGUAAACUCAAACUACUGGUGAUCUUGAAGUCUUGGCUUUAAAUGAGAAGUUUGACAUUUUAGAAAAUACACAUAUUUGAGUUAUAUGAGAAGAUUGAUACCACUUUCAUGUCUGUACAGUCAAUAUGAAACUUGAGCCAGCAGUCGGUUAGCUUAGCUUAGCAUAAAGACUAGAAACAGAGGCAAACAGCUAGCCUGGCUCUGUCCGGGAAAAAAUUAAAUCCCCAUGUAGCAGCAGCAGCUGUUAAAUUAACACGUUAUUCUAUUUUGUUUAAUCUGUAUGAAAACCAAAGUGUGACCAUAUCAAUUAAUAAACUUUAGAGGAGCUUGUAGGCAGAUUUUGUUAAUUUUAGCUGUUUCCUCUUGUUUCCAGUCUUGUUGCUAAACUAAACUAACCAGCUGCUGGUCCAGUCAGGUUAUUUACUGGAUAGAGAUAUGUAUCCAUUUUCUCAUUUAAAUCUCAGCAAGAAAAGCUAAUAAGCGUAUUUCACAAAUGUUUAAACUAUUCCUUUAAGUAAUUCAUGCUUUUAGUAUAUUUUUAUUUCCCCCCAAUUUUCCAGCCUUCAUUUAUUGAUAACGUUGCAUUUUGUGAUCAAAUGUUUUGGGAAACCUAAGAGUCCCUGAACGUCAGUACAGAUUGCACUUCUGUUUAAGAUUGCAAAGCACAUACUGUACAAUAGUCCACUGGGGGAAAAAACUGAAGGAGCAAAUGGACUUCACUCAUGCAGACGUGUACGACAUAUCGAAGACAUUCCAACUAAAAGAGUUGUGGCGCUGAGAUCACUUUUUGAGGGCCUCUGUUGUUACUUGUGACCAAAUUUUCUUAUUUCAUUCUGAACAAUAAAAGCAAUGAUCCCAUCAGAAAGCUGUUGCCUCCCAUCAUAUCAACAUCACAACUCUUAAAGAUCGACAGCUCGGACAUAUAAAAAGUCCUACUCAAACAUCAGUGUGCUUUGUAUCUGCACAGUCUGCAUUGUACUGUAAAGGUAGCUUUGUUCUAGCCUCCAGUGUCUUAGCCUAUAGAGACCCCUUAUUAAACUAUAUAACAUUUUAUAAUCUCUAAUAUGCCAUGACCUUGUGUAUGACCUAGUGCAUACUUUAGAGAUGUAUUUGUAACUUCAUUUUAGCUAUACUAAAAGAAUCUCUUCUCUGCGAAUACAUUGUACUACUGUAGCCUAUGUAUAAAGAAAACACUCUUUUUUUGCUGCUACACCAUUUGUGCCCUAUUAUGAUGUCUUUGUAGAAAACAAUGCAGUUUCAUGUUGUAUUAGUAUAUAAAUGGCAGUUAAUCGAUUCAAUGUCCACAUAAAAGUGUAUACUGCAUUGUCGAAUAUAAUGAAAAUGAUACCAGAACACAACCGUGAUGUUACAGAUGUUAAUAAAGGAAA